CAAUCAUUGGCGCUGGCAUGGGCGGUGCAACAGCUGCGUACUACCUGCGUCAGCUAUUUGGCUCGGAAGUGGUCAUCACCAUGUUUGAACAAUCUGGACGCAUCGGGGGUCGGAUAAAAUCUGCCAGUUUCGCUGGUCAGCUAAUCGAGACGGGAGGCAGUAUUUAUCACAUCAGCAACCAUUAUAUGGCAAGCUUUGCGAAGAAGUUUA